UUGCGGUUACAUUGGUAGCGAUGUAAUUUGUUAUUAAUUUAUUUACUACGUUUUUUACGCUCAAAAACGGUUUUAGCCGUGCCAAAUAUAACCAAAUGGCUACCUCAAAGUCUCUCGGCAAGAAACAAGCAAAGAAUCACAGUGACUGCCUCUCCUAUCUGCAAUCACUGGGUGACGCCACGCCCAAAGAGGUGGCAGACAAGUUGGCCGCACAAAUCGAAACAGAAUCGCACAAAUCGGAUACGGCAAGCAUCAAUCAGGCGGCGCUCAACGUCGCCUUUCGUGUUUAUUAUCACGUUGUGCACAAAUAUGAAUUGGAGGACGAACAUUUUAAGGAUUUGCCACAGUUGUUGACCGGCGAGCAUCCUUCAGCAUUUUUCCAGCUGCAAUCAGUGCUGCUGACAGAACACUGGACAUGUCUCGAUCAGGAAUUAAUUGAAGCCAAGUGCAUUGCUGCCAUAAUUGAGGCACUGCAGCAGAACAGCAGCUGCCUGGUACCGCAAUUGAAGGCCCUCAAUCUGCUGGUUAAGAAGUUCCCCAAGCUGCAAUUGCAUUCACUGCAACUGGAGCAUUUCUAUCAAUGUCUACAGCGUCAGAGCCAAACGGGAUCACGCGAGGAGACGUUGACACUCUACAACCAUUGCUGCAAGCAGCGGGAAAGGGCAUUCUUCUAUUUUCACCUCAUCGUGGAGUUCUGGCCUUGGACAAAUCGCAAUAAAUACUAUCUGCUGAGUGGCAUACUCAAUUCCCAUGCAUUGCCUGAGCUGCUGGGAGCAAGUGGACACAGCGAACAGGAGUUCUUCGCGGGAUUGCGUCUGAGUCUAAGCUAUAAGGGUUUGCGAGCAGCCAGCCAAUAUCCAGUGAAGAGUCUGAGCAACCAGCAGUCGCCGGAGCUGCUUGCUUUGGCCGUGGAGCUGUUGGUCAAUGGCAGCGUGGCGGAAAUCCAAAACUUUCAUUCCCAGUGGUUUCUGCGGAUUCAGCAGCACGAGGCGCUCUUUCAGCUGCUUCAGGCGAAACCAGAGAUUGUGGAAUUCCUGGUCAGCUCAGAGGUGGCGCGCUCCGCCAGCGACCAGCAUCGUCUCAUCUUGAUAUUCAGCAUGUUUGCCAAGGAAAUCAAUUUGGCGUCCAAGCUGCAUUUCUUUAAAAUCAGCACUGAACUCUUGACCAAUUGCAGUUGCUUUGAGACGGAUGCACAGCUCUUGAUCUUCAAGUUUCUGGUGGACAAUCUAAGCAACUUUGCUGUGGAGGAUUGCCUGGAGUUCUUCUACAACUUCAUGGAACGACAUCGCGGCGUGGAGAGUUCCGAGUUUCGCAACACAAUGCUGGGCAAGAUGCCCAACAUCAUAAAUCACACUGCGAAACAUUUCAACAAGGCGUUAAAGUCCGAUGGAGUUCUCGCACUUGCUCAAGAUAUUAAACGCUUCUUUUGCCAGCUGCAGCAACUGAUUGAGCUGGACAUGCGGAGCGACGUCUAUCAGCCCAAGAUCUUUGCGCUUAAGCUGAUGGAGAUUUUACUUAAAUCGCUGUAUAGCGAACAAGUCACAAAGAAUGCCAAAAUGUGCAGCACGCAGCAGAAUCAACAGCUGGGCGCUUUUCUCUUGGAUCAGAACGUUUUCCAGCCGCAUAAAAUGGCGCAGCUGCUCUUUGAUUCCCUCAACGAUCCGCAGGGUUUCGAUGAUGCCUUGGAAUUGACGGUAUCGCUGUUGCUGCAGCUGCAACUUGUGGAUAGCUCGCAAUGCUUGGAGCGUUGUCAUGUGCUCUCCUCCAGCUCGGAUGUGGAUGAAUGUUCUCUAGUCUCGCUUUAUGCGCAGCUCGCGGUACGCAGCUUCAAGGAUCAGCAGCCAGCUAGAGAUCUUUAUGCUGAAUCGCUACAGCAAUUGCGCAGUAAACUUGAGAGUUUCCAAAAGGAUCCGUUGCAUACAGCCAAAGCAGCUGGUGGACAUCUCUUUGGGCACAUUUGCAUACUCGAUGAACUGGUUAGCGGUGGCAGUCGCCAUCUGGAGGCUACGCUGGCAACAACUGAGCUGUUGCCGCUACUUCAGCGCAUUCUAAAUAUUGUGCUUGACUUUCUCAAUGUGGCAAAUGCACGGCGAGAGGAGGCAGCAGCUGCUGCAACUGUCACAGCUGCCAGCUUUCAGGACAUGGAGGAGAGCUUGGAGCUGCUGGUCAGCGAGAGCGCCUACGAGGCAGGAGCGGAGGAGGCGGCAGCUUGUCGCAAAUAUUUGCUCAUGAGUUUCUGGCUUACACUAAAGGCAAUUUGCGACUUGGCUACAAGUGUGGGCUGUAAUUUGCUGCUUGCCACUGAGGAGCCUGAUUAUGCUGCACUACAGCGCUGCCUGGACAUCAAUGUGGCGGUGUUGACGCGCUGUCGUCAUAAGGGAGCCAUCGAAGCUGCAGGCUUGAGCAUUGGCAAGUUAACGCGCAGUUUAGCCAGCGAGCAGGAAGGACUCGAACUCUUGUACAAUUGCCUGGAACGGGAGCUGCUCUCGGAUUGUCGCCAGGUGAGCACCACGCGACGUGGUGCCGGCUUCUCCAUCAUGUUUCUGCAUGUGCUCAAGAACGACAACACGCGUCGUCAGCUGCUGCAUCGCGCUGUGCAACGUAUUCUGCAACGUCUUCAAGAGUUGCCGGCCAGUUUACCAGAUGCCUCAAUCAAUCAUGAUCGCUGGGAAGCGCUCGCCUUGCAUUAUCUCUGUGUAUUGGUGCGAGACACUGAACUGCGUCCGGCCAUGUGCAAAUACUACAACGAGAUCAUGAUGGUGGCCAUGGCGCACAUUGACAACGCAGAGUGGACAAUUUCCAAUGCGGCGCUGCAGUUGUUUGGCGCCAGUCUGGGCAAGCUUGUGGGUCAACGGCAGGCCACCGAGUUUGAGACGAAACUCGCCUGGGAGCCGAGUGAACUGAACUAUGAGGAAUUGGCCUGUCUGCUGCCCAAGGCGUGUGAGCACAUGCUGCAAUGCUGCGACAGCGCACAGAUCACCACCUCCUCGAUAAUUCUGUUCCUCGGCUUCCUCAGCAAAGUGGAGCAUCUGUGCACCACGGGCCAAGAGCAGCAAUCGACGCAAUUGCUGCUGCGUUUUCGACGCCUCAGCUGGCGUCUGUUGCGGCACAACUGUGAGCAAGUGCGUCUCCUUGCAGCCAGUUGCUUUGUUCGUGCCCACGAGUUUCGCUGUGAUCUGCCGAGAGCGUUGCUGAAGAGCGCAAAGCUGGCGUCGCGCUUGAAGGAUGACAAUUUCUAUGAGGGAUUGCUGUACACGUUACACGCAGGUGUGUUGAAGCUGCAACAUGAGGCACGUCAUGUGUGGACAGCGGCGCAAUUGGAGCAUUUUCAGCUGCGUCUGCUAGAAACGUUGCAAGUGAAAUCGGAGCAUGUGAAGCAUUUUAAGGCGUAUACACUAAAUGUGCUGCUGCAGUUGUUGCGACUUUUAGAGGCCACAGAGCAGGCAACAAUGGUGCAACAGCUGCUCGAGGAGCAGCAGGAAAAGUCAAUAGGCUAA